GGGGCGCGCGGCGGCGGCGCUUCUCCUCCCCAAGCCGGCGGCGGCCCCCGCGGCGCUGAUGGCGGCCGUCCUGUCCCCGCGCCUCUGCGACAGCGACCCGGCCACGCCCGGCAACCAGUCCCUGAAGGAUGACACCGAAGAAAAUUCCAAUGAUGGCAGCCAGCCAUCCAAAAGGCGGCGGAUGGGCUCAGGGGACAGUUCUCGGAGCUGUGAGACUUCUAGUCAGGACCUUGGAUACAGCUAUUUUCCUGCUGAAAACCUGAUAGAGUACAAAUGGCCACCGGAUGAAACAGGGGAGUACUAUAUGCUUCAGGAGCAAGUUAGUGAAUAUUUGGGUGUGACUUCUUUUAAAAGAAAAUAUCCAGAUCUGGAACGACGAGAUCUGUCUCACAAGGAGAAACUCUACCUCAGAGAACUAAAUGUUAUCACAGAGACUCAGUGCACGUUAGGUCUAACAGCUUUGCGUAGUGAUGAAGUAAUUGAUCUUAUGAUUAAAGAAUACCCUGCCAAACAUGCUGAGUAUUCUGUUAUACUGCAAGAGAAAGAGCGUCAGCGAAUAACAGAUCAUUAUAAGGAGUACUCUCAAAUGCAGCAGCAGAACACACAGAAAGUAGAAGCCAGUAAAGUUCCAGAGUAUAUUAAAAAAGCUGCCAAGAAGGCUGCGGAAUUCAACAGCAAUUUAAACCGAGAGCGAAUGGAAGAAAGAAGAGCCUAUUUUGAUUUACAGACACAUAUUAUCCAGGUGCCUCAAGGAAAAUACAAAAUCUUGCCUACAGAGAGAACAAAGGUUAGUCCUUAUCCAGUGGCUCUCAUACCCGGACAGUUCCAGGAGUACUACAAAAGAUAUUCUCCAGAUGAACUUCGUUACUUACCAUUAAACACAGCUCUUUACGAACCCCCUUUGGAUCCAGAGCUGCCUGCGUUAGACAGUGAUGGGGAUUCAGAUGAUGCAGAAGAAGGGCGAGGUGACGAGAAACGGAAAACCAAAGGCAAUUCGGACAAUUCGUCUGGCAAUGUAUCUGAAGGUGAUUGCGCCACAGACAACCAGGAGGAUUCUUUUCAGGGAAGACAAAAAACAAGAGACAAAAGUGCUACUCCAAGAAAAGAUGGUUCCAAACGUUCUGUAUUAUCCAAAUCAGUUCCUGGGUACAAGCCAAAGGUCAUUCCAAAUGCUAUAUGUGGAAUUUGUCUGAAGGGUAAGGAGUCCAACAAGAAAGGAAAAGCUGAAGCUCUUAUACAUUGCUCCCAGUGUGACAACAGUGGCCACCCUUCUUGCCUUGAUAUGACCCCGGAGCUUGUUGCUAUGAUUAAGACUUACCCUUGGCAAUGUAUGGAGUGUAAAACAUGCAUUAUGUGUGGGCAGCCUCACCAUGAAGAAGAAAUGAUGUUCUGUGAUGUAUGUGACCGUGGUUAUCACACUUUCUGUGUGGGGCUUGACGCUAUUCCCUCAGGUCGCUGGAUUUGUGAUUGUUGUCAGAAAGACCCUCCCAUACCCAGAAGAGGAGGAAGAAGGGGGAAAAACAGCAAGGAGGGCUAAACUCCCUAAAAAACCUUGCUGUUUCAAAAUUUUAACUGCACAAAUUAAAGUGACACUUUGGUGCUAUUUAACCAACCACUUUUAAGAGGAACAAUACCACUGCGUUUUUCUUUUUACCAAAUAAACUUUUAAUUAUGGCUGUAUAA